AUGGUGGUGGGGAGUUUGUGUGCUCUCGUACAUGGCGCCGCGCCACCUGCCAUGCUUCUAGUGUACGGUGAGAUGACGGACAUGUUUGUGAAUUAUGAGCUUGAGGCCCAAGAACUCAAAGAUCCAAACAAGAUGUGCGACAACAACACCAUUUAUUGGAUAAAUAUUGAAGCACAAAUGACCAUGUUCGCAUAUUACUAUGUUGGAAUUGGAUUAGGAGUCCUGAUUUUGAGUUAUUUACAAAUUACGUUGUGGGUGUCAGCAGCUGCGAGUCAGACUGACAGAAUCCGAAAGACUUAUUUCCGAAAAGUCAUGCAAAUGGAGAUUGGAUGGUUCGACUGCAACUCUGUUGGCGAACUGAACACUAGGAUCUCUGAUGACAUGAACAAGAUCAACACUUCCAUCGCUGACCAGGUGUCGAUCUUCAUUCAGAGGCUCUCCACGUUUGUGUUUGGCUUCAUGGUUGGAUUCACGGGUGGCUGGAAGCUGACUUUGGUGGUCAUAGCUGUGAGCCCAUUGAUUGGUCUCAGUACCGGACUCAUGGCUAUGGCUGUGGGCCAGCUGACCGCAAAAGGGCUGAAGGCCUACGCAAAGGCAGGGGCAGUGGCUGAUGAGGUCCUGUCCUCCAUCAGAACAGUAGCAGCAUUUGGUGGGGAAGAAAAAGAAGCCGAGAGGUACGACAGAAACCUUGUGGAAGCUCUGAGCUGGGGUGUGAGAAAGGGCAUGGUCCUGGGACUGUUUCAGGGAUUCACGUGGUGCAUCGUUUUCCUCUGUUACGCUCUGUCCUUUUGGUAUGGAUCCCAAUUGGUCAUCGAGACCAAGGAGUUGUCCCCUGGUAGCCUUGUCCAGGUAUUUUUCGCAGUGCUUAUUGGAGCUAUAAACCUGGGUCAAACAUCAUCUUGCCUGCAGGCCUUUGCUUCUGGUCGAGCAGCAGCAAAGACCAUCUUUGACACAAUUGAGCGGGAACCAAAAAUUGAUUGUUUCUCAGAUGAGGGUCACAAAUUAGACAAAGUGAAAGGUGACAUUGAGUUCCACAAUGUCACUUUCUUCUACCCGUCCCGGCCCGAAGUCAAGAUUUUAAAUAAUCUGAGCAUGCAGGUCAAAGAAGGAGAACCCACAGCUUUUGUUGGACCGAGUGGAUCUGGAAAGAGCACGGCAAUCCAGCUCAUCCAGAGGUUUUAUGACCCAGAUGAAGGAAUGGUGACGUUGGACGGCCACGACAUCCGCACUUUAAACAUCAAGUGGGUCCGCUCCCUCAUUGGUAUUGUAGAGCAGGAGCCGGUGCUGUUUGCUACAACCAUAGCUGAAAAUAUCCGCUUUGGUAAACCAGGAGUCACCAUGGAAGACAUUAUCCAGGCAACAAAAGAAUCCAAUGCCUAUAAUUUUAUUAUGGAGCUGCCCCAGAGAUUUGACACUUUGGUGGGAGAAGGUGGAGGCCAGAUGAGUGGAGGCCAGAAACAGAGGAUCGCUUUAGCUCGAGCUCUGAUCCGAAACCCUAAGAUCCUUCUGCUGGACAUGGCCACGUCCGCUUUAGACAAUGAGAGUGAAGCUGUUGUCCAGGAAGCACUGGAUAAGGUGCGCAUGGGCAGAACAACAAUUUCUGUAGCCCACCGUCUUUCCACGAUUAAAACUGUAGAAGUCAUCAUUGGCUUCGAGCAUGGGCGGGUGGUGGAGAAAGGAACGCACAGUGAGCUUCUGGAAAAGAAAGGUGUUUACUUCACCCUGGUCACCCUGCAGAACCAAGGCACAUCCAGCAAAACUAAUGGAAUUCUGUUCGUCUACGGUCUCACAGCACACUGUCAAGCCAUGAUGUCCCUGAUGCUUUAUCAGAGAAAUGAGGAUGAGGAUGAUGAAGAUGAAAAAGUGGAGCCUGCCCCAGUUUCACGUGUCCUUAAGUUCAACCAACCAGAGUGGCCCUACCUGCUGCUGGGCUCGCUGGGAGCUGUUGUCAAUGGCUCCCUCAACUCCAUCUACAGUCUCUUGUUCAGCGAAAUUGUUGGUGUAAGGGCUGCUCCCGAUUUUGCUUUAAUGUUCCAGGCAUAUGCUUUUUCCAAGUCUGGAGAGCUGUUGACCUGUCGUCUGAGGAAAGUGGGCUUCCAGACUAUGUUGAGACAAGAAAUCGGGUGGUUUGAUGACCCUAGAAAUAGCCCAGGAACUCUGACAACCAGACUAGCCACUGAUGCAUCCAUGGUCCAGGGGGCAACGGGUUCUCAGAUUGGCAUGAUCAUUAACUCAUUGACCAACAUUGGAGCAUCUCUGAUCAUUGCUUUUUACUUCAGUUGGAAGUUAGCUCUGGUAGUUAUUUGCUUCCUGCCAUUUAUUGGGCUGUCUGGAGCAUUACAAUCCAAAAUUCUGACGGGUUUUGCAAAUCAAGAUAUAAAGGCCAUGGAAGCAGCAGGGCAGGUGUCCAGUGAAGCUCUUUUCAACAUCAGGACCAUUGCAGGCUUGGCCAAAGAGAGCUUGUUUGUGGAAUCAUAUCAGCAGAAAUUGGAGCCUCCAUUUAAAUCUGCCAAAAAGAGUGGCCACAUCUAUGGCCUCUGUUUUGGCUUUGCUGAGUGUGUCACCUUCUUUGCGAAUGCUGCUUCAUUUAGAUAUGGAGGCUAUCUGGUUGUCUCUGAGGGUUUAUCCUUCAUUAUCGUUUUCAGAGUGAUUUCAUCUCUAGUUGUCAGUGCGACGGCAUUGGGCAGAGGUGCCGCCUACACUCCAGAUUAUGCCAAAGCCAAAAUCGCUGCAGCUCAGAUUUUCAAAAUGUUGGACAGAGUUCCAAAAAUCAGCUUAAGUCCCAAGAAUGGAGAGAAAUGGGACAACUUCAGAGGUGAAAUUGACUUCCUCGACUGCAAGUUCACGUAUCCAACACGGCCAGACGUCCAGGUUUUGAAAGGGCUGGUUGUGUCGGUGAAGCCUGGUCAGACUUUGGCGUUUGUCGGGUGCAGCGGCUGCGGUAAAAGCACCAGUAUUCAACUAUUGGAGAGGUUUUAUGACCCAGAUGAGGGACAAGUGAUGAUUGACGGUCGCCUGUCUCAUAGAGUCAAUGUGCCGUUCAUAAGAGCUCAGAUUGGCAUAGUAUCCCAGGAGCCAGUACUGUUUGGCUGCAGUAUAGCAGAGAAUAUACAGUAUGGAGAUAACACGCGCAUCGUCAGCAUGGAGGAGAUUGUAGAAGCUGCUAGGAAAGCCUUCCUUCAUGACUUUGUAAUGACAUUACCAAAUAAAUACGAAACUCAGGUUGGUCUUCAGGGCUCUCAACUGUCAAGAGGACAAAAACAGCGCAUUGCCAUCGCCCGGGCCAUUGUCAGGAAGCCCAAGAUCCUGCUCUUAGAUGAGGCGACCUCUGCCCUGGACACAGAGAGCGAAAAGAUCGUCCAGUCUGCUCUGGAUGAGGCAAGAAAAGGACGAACCUCCAUCGUCAUCGCUCACAAGCUCUCUACCAUCCAGUCUGCUGACACCAUCGCAGUGAUGUCACAAGGAGUCAUCAUAGAGCUCGGCACACAUGAUGAACUCAUGGCCACGAGGGGCGCCUAUCAUAAACUGGUCACAACAGGCGCUCCUAUCAGCUAG